AUGAAUCCGCGAGUUUACGUCACGCGUGUGGAAACUUUCUCGGCUGCACACCGUCUAUUUAAUACAAGUCUCGAUAAAGAGGAAAAUACUCGGAUCUUCGGAAGGUGCGCGGGUGAAAAUGGACAUGGCCAUAACUUUAAAAUGGAGGUAACUGUUUUCGGUGAAGUCAGCCCAGUCACGGGCAUGGUUAUCGACCUAAAAAAAUUAAAGCGCAUCAUUCAAACCAACGUUCUCAAUUUAGUGGAUCACAAAAAUCUGGAUUUGGAUGUCAAAUAUUUCCGCGAAACAAACUUGGUGAGCACUUCGGAAAAUAUUGCAGUAUUUAUUUGGAGAUCUCUAAGAUCUAGCAUUGACUCCAAAAUGGAUCUUGAGGUCAAGUUGUACGAAACGGAAAGCAACAUAUUUUGUUAUCGUGGUGAUUAA